AUGGCGACAGCUCGUGAGCACAACGACGUCGAGCGUGGCGCGAGUUUCGAGAAGAGCGUGAAUGGCACCAGUGCGGUCGACCACGCUGGAGCAAGGCCCAAGCAGAGGACGCCAUACGACUAUGGCGGCAACCCUCUCGCUCACGUUGCUACCAACGACCCAGACCUUCGCCUUGCCGCUUUUGGUGGUGAAUUCCAGCCUGGUCUCUACCGCCCACCGAACCGCAAGUUUGCCAACCCAGCCCCACUGGGUCUCUCGGCUUUUGCCCUUACCACCUUUGUUCUGUCCUUGAUCAACGUCAAGACGCGCAGCAUUGGUCACCCAAACAUUGUCGUAGCGCUUGCCUACGGCUACGGUGGUCUUGUUCAGCUUCUGGCUGGCAUGUGGGAAAUGGCCGUUGGCAACACAUUCGGUGCUACAGCACUCUCAUCCUACGGAGGUUUCUGGAUCGCCUUUGGCAUCGUUCUCACGCCCGGUGUCUUUGAAAUCGAGGAGAUUCUGGUCCAGAGCGGAGAUUUCUACAACUCAUUUGGUCUCUUCCUGAUGGGCUGGUUCAUCUUUACCUUCCUCCUUUUCCUCUGCACCCUGCGAUCCACCGUCGCUUUCUGCUUCCUCUUCUUCACCCUCGACAUGGCGUUUAUGCUUCUCGGCAUCGGCUACCUCCAGGCCGACGCCAAGGGCCCUCAAGAGUCGUGCAUUGUUGCUGGUGGAGCGUUUGGUCUCAUGGCUGCUUUUGCCGCUUGGUACAAUGCGCUUGCUGGUAUUGCGGAUAGUUCCAACAGCUUCUUCGUUAUUCCCGUCGCCCACUUCCCCUGGUCAGAGAAGGGCCGUGAGCGCCGUAACAAGGUCGACAACUCUGCCGCUCGUGCUGAGGCCGAACACCUCGCUUAA